AUGUCGGGCAAGUACGUCUUCACCAAGGGCCUGAAGGAGCUCCGCUUCCUCUUCUGCCAGACCUCCGAGCAGAGCGCUGCGACACGGUACGUCUCUUCCCGACUCCUCAACCCCGGCCCCGGCCUUCCGGCAUCACGACAUGAAUUGCCCAAAGCUGACACUGUGCUUCGCGAUAGAUCCUUCAUCAACCGCGCCUACCCCACCAUGAAGAAGCACAACCCGCACACUCCCAUCCUGAUGCGCGAAGCCUCGGGUACCCAGCCGCGAGUCUUUGCCCGAUACGAGCUUGGAAAGGAGAAGCAAGAGGCGCUGGCUGGUCUCACGGAUAGCCAGAUUGAAGAGCGCAUCACCAACCUGGUGAAGCAGUCAUAA